AUGCCAUUGCAUCGCUUCAACACCAAAACCACAUCUCCUAAUCCUUAUUUUAACUUUAUCACAGCGCUUCCUCCGUACAUAAAUGCACCUAACCUACCUUCGCAAGAUGACGCCAAAGCACUAUUGCAAGCGUUGGCGGCGCAAGUGCGACCAUUGUGCAAGAAACACGGGUUUAAUGUGAAUAGUUUUGAGGAGUAUGAAUAUAACACUGUAUUCCUGGGCCGAAACUGGAAUGCUGGGGAAACGAUUGAAAUCGUUCUCCGCCGUUCAGACGGGAGUUUUCACAAUAUUCAACACCUCAUUCAAGUGGUUUGCCACGAACUGGCUCACAUUAAGCACAUGAAUCACUUGGCCGGGUUUCAACAACUCAAUGCUCAAUUAUGUCACGAGGUCACUGCACUACGUACAAAGGGGUAUUAUGGUGAUGGUAUGUACUCAUCUGGAAACCGACUCUCCGAUUCUACCGAGGUUGCCGGCCGAGGGCUUGGAGUAACGGACUUUGAUUUGCCCGAAUACAUGUGUGGCGGGGCGCAAGAUCGACGCCGGGCUUCAACACUUCGCCGAGCACCUCGAGGUAACGGAGGUCCGAAGCCAAAGAGACGCAAAGCAGGGACGAGGGUGAGAUCCAAGUAUGCAUUUGUAGGACAAGGAAAUGCGUUGAAUGAACAUGCAACCGGAGAACAAGAGAAGAAAAGGGGGACGGGGUUUAAAAAGCGGGCACAAAGCGCCAAGGAAAGGCAAGCAAGAUUGGAGGCAAUCGAGCAGAGAUUGAAGAGCCUUGAAAAAAAUUCCAAUGGAAAGCCUGAUUCUCAAAGUGGGCUUGAGCCCGCGGUUGAGGCUGGUUCCGAUUCAGAAUCUGGGUCAGAAUCAUUCAAGGAAACCGAUGACAUGCGUCGCAAACUACUCGCGGAUUCUGGUGCCGGGUGGAAAUUCUCGACGAUUCCUGAUGCAGGUCCCACUGGGAGUUUCGAUGACGACAUAAUUAACUUACUUUCAGACGACGAAGAUCAAGACACAAACCAAGCAAGGGCCCCGCCGAAGUCGACUCCUUCUAAAAAGCUUGAACUUCAAAAACAAGGGCCUUCGAACCCACUAACUAACAUGGUUCACAACGAGGUCGAGCAUAGGAAGCAAGAGCAAUUAGGAUUAGUAGGCUCUCACAAACUGGGUGGUGGCGGGCGAGGUGCACACCAGUCUCGACUCCUGGACACACCCAAGGUACCUCAACCGAGCAAAUCGUUAGACGUAUGUUUCAAGGACGGGCAGGUAUCAGAUAAGGUGGAUGAAUGGGCUUGUCUUGUUUGUACCUGCCUGAACCAUGAGGACUAUGGGGUCUGUCAGGCAUGUUCGACGCGACGUGGGUGCCAUAACUUUACAUCUGAACUAUGA